CGGAUGCUCCGUUAUUUUACGCUUCGAACGUAACAUCUGUGCAUUCACGCUUUCUACGUAGCUUGUAAAGCCGUGUUCGAUUACGACAGAGGUUACGUAGCAAUACAGAGGUAGCGGAGCAACAGUAGGUGACAGGCUCUAUUACGCAGUCCGCUGCUUCGGCACAGCAACGUUACAUAGUUACGCUUCUAGCGCAGCUGACAGGAGAUGGUGGACAUGGCGGCCCCGGUGUGAAGCGGAUGGGCCGGAGUACAGUCUGGCAGCGGAGAGUCAGACUCACCAUGGCUGUUAUAUACAAUCCUUAAGGAGGAAGGCACUCUGGGUUGCCAUGACUACAGGAGACUGUUGCCACCUUCCAGGUUCCUUGUGUGAUUGUACUGGCAGUGCCACCUUCCUGAAGUCUUUGGAGGAGUCAGAUUUAGGGAGGCCACAGUAUGUCACCCAAGUAACUGCCAAAGAUGGUCAGCUGCUGUCUACAGUGAUCAAGGCUCUGGGCACACAAAGUGAUGGUCCCAUCUGUCGAAUAUGCCAUGAAGGUGGAAAUGGAGAGAGACUGUUGUCCCCAUGUGAUUGCACAGGGACCUUGGGGACAGUUCAUAAAACUUGCCUGGAAAAAUGGCUGUCCUCUUCUAAUACAAGCUAUUGUGAACUGUGUCACACGGAGUUUGCUGUUGAAAGAAGACCAAGGCCUGUCACAGAAUGGCUUAAGGACCCAGGACCACGGAAUGAAAAGAGGACCCUUUUCUGUGACAUGGUAUGUUUCCUAUUCAUCACUCCAUUAGCUGCCAUUUCUGGCUGGUUGUGUCUUCGUGGAGCACAAGAUCACUUGCAGUUCAACAGUCGACUGGAAGCUGUCGGUCUCAUUGCUCUCACUAUAGCACUUUUUACUAUCUAUGUUCUUUGGACAUUGGUCUCAUUUCGUUACCACUGUCAGCUAUAUUCUGAAUGGAGACGGACCAAUCAAAAAGUACUAUUGCUGAUUCCAGACUCCAAAACAGCUCCUACCAUUCAUCAUUCCCUUUUAUCCUCCAAACUUUUAAAGUCUGCAUCAGAUGAGACCACUGUAUGAGUUCUCACAAAUGGACCAACAUGAAAUGAGUAGGAGCUGGGAAAGCAAUAUUGUCUCCCUCAUCUAUGGUCCAACAUAUAAUUGGUCUUUGAGAUUGGGGAACCUGUUUUGUUUUAGAACUUUUUUUUAUUUUUUUUGUUCUGUUGUGUUUUUUUUAAUUUCAACUCUACCUGCUAGGUGAAGCCACUAGAAUGGACUUUGCUGUUUCAAAGUUAAAAAAGCAGGUAAUGCAGAAGAUUUUUAAAUCAGUUUGGAAUCAUAUGUGGAGUUUUUUUUUAAAUGGAUUGUUUUGUCUGCAAAUUUUCAAUAUGCCUAUUUCCACUCAUCUAGGGAUGGUUAUUUUGUAUACUUUUUUUCAUAGUGUCUGUGUUGCCCACAAGCUUCUGCUAUAUCUAAAAUUCUUGUCAGAGCAAACUUUUCUGGAGUAGAUGGGGUUAAAUAGUAUCCCCACCUAUUAAAGAUAAAUGCAAGAUGAGGUCUAGGCACAUCAACAAAUUUCUAGCAUUGAAUGCACUACACGAUUUAGCCCACAUAUAACCUGUACUUUAUAUACAGUUAUGGAAAAAAAAUAAAGCACUAAAAAAGUUGGCAUUCA